GUCACUUGCUUCUUUAAAACAUCUAAAAUAGUGGGCAUCCUUUAUUUAUCUGCUACCCCACCCGCUGCACAGUUAUCGACGCCAAGAUAUGCCUUUCCUGGCGUCUUCAGCGCCUAGCACAAGUAGAGUUCAAGAAACUUUGCAGACCGAAUUUAACCCAGCCACGUAUCAUUGCCUUCUACGGAGAAAAGGGAGGACUCAUUCCUAGAACUUCUUAAAAGGUGCCUCUGAACAGCUAGGAUCAGAAAGGCAGCCUACUGGACUUUCUUCUCAGUCCAAAGAGCUAAUAGAAGAAUCCCCGAAAGGGAUCUCCCGUACAGGAACCCUGCGCAAAGGCAAGGAAUCCAAAGAAAUCACUAAAGUCAAGCCCCACUCGGUUUUCCUGGCUCCACCUGCGCGGCAACCGCGCCCGGAGGAUUCGGUCAUGCGCAGAAAGCUAGAGGCGGAGCAGGACUGGGAGUGGCUCUCUGAGCAGACGUCAUCCAGGAGAAGACGGCUCCGCCCUCCUCAAGAUGGCGCUGCCCUCAAUGCGGAAGGCGCGUGGGUGCUGGAGCUUCAUCCGGGCAUUUCAUAAAGGACAGGCAGUUGCUCCCGCUCCCCAGGAAGACAGCAUGAAGCGAGUCUUUUCUGGCAUUCAACCUACAGGAGUCCCCCACCUGGGUAAUUACCUGGGAGCCAUUGAGAGCUGGGUGAAGCUGCAGGAUGAAUAUGGCUCCGUGCUGUUCAGCAUCGUGGACCUCCACUCCAUCACUGUGCCCCAGGACCCCGCCACCCUCCGGCAGAGCGUCCUGGACAUGACCGCUGCUCUUCUCGCCUGUGGCAUCAACCCGGAGAAAAGCAUCCUUUUCCAACAAUCUCAGGUGUCUGAACACACACAAUUAAGUUGGAUCCUUUCCUGCAUGGUCAGAUUACCUCGAUUACAACAUUUACACCAAUGGAAGGCAAAGAGUGCCAAGCAGAAGCAUGACGGAAUGGUGGGCCUGCUCACAUACCCAGUACUCCAGGCAGCUGACGUUCUGUUGUACAAGUCUACACACGUUCCUGUCGGUGAGGAUCAAGUCCAGCACAUGGAACUAGUUCAAGAUCUAGCGCAAGGUUUCAACAAGAAGUAUGGCGAGUUCUUCCCAGUGCCCAAGUCCAUUCUAACACCCAUGAAGAAGGUGAAAUCCCUCCGUGACCCUUCUGCUAAGAUGUCAAAAUCAGACCCUGACAAACUGGCCACUAUCAGAAUAACAGACAGCCCCGAGGAGAUAGUGCAGAAAUUCCGCAGAGCUGUGACGGACUUCACCUCUGAGGUCACCUAUGACCCAGCCAGCCGAGGAGGCGUCUCCAACAUGGUCGCCAUCCAUGCCGCAGUGACUGGGCUGUCGGUGGAGGAGGUGGUCUGCCGCAGCACCGGCCUGGACACUGCUCGCUACAAGAUGGUGGUGGCAGAUGCUGUGAUUGAGAAAUUUGCUCCAAUUAAGAGUGAAAUUGAAAAACUGAAGAUGGACAAGGACCAUUUAGAGAAAGUUUUACAAGCUGGGUCUGCAAAAGCGAGAGAAUUAGCAUACCCCGUGUGCCAGGAGGUGAAGAAAUUGGUGGGGUUUCUAUAGGAAGUUUCAGCUAAUCACAAAAAGCUUUUGUGUCUUACAGUCUGUGUAUUUGGAUAAAGGCAGCUUUCUUCAGAAGUAAAAUAUUAUAGUUUCAGAACAUUUAAUUUAGUAUAGCUGAUUAUCAGCUUCAUUUGAUGAAUGUUUUGUAGAAUGAUAUUCCAGAUCCCCUCAACACGCUGUGACUAGAAAAAAGAAAUUCAAGAAAACAUAG